UAUGCCCCUUGAUUCGGUCGCUUUCCUCACUUGUUAGUAAAUAAGUUGAAGCAAUGUGACUUCUGCUAAGGCGAACGGGGAGCUGAUGUAGGCUCGUUGUAGCAGACUUAAACCUGAGCCACGGACACAUAGCUGACAUUCUCCUACAGGCUUCCAAAAUGAAGAGUGAAUACGAGCGUCAGUUCUCUCCUGUGGACCCAGAAAUUUGUGAAAUUAUCUAUGAGGCCAACAAACUCUUUCGUACCCUCCGCCGCAAGCAUGAAUAUGAACAUACACCUUUGGGUAUAAAUAACUAUAAAAAUAAUAUGCAAGAUGGCGAAGAAUCAGGCCAGCAGCUACCCUUCUUAAAAAAACUUAUGCGUCGCUCCAACUCCACAGAAAGGCUCACAUAUACCGGUUAUUAUCAUACCAAGAAGCAUCCUCGAAGAUCAAAGUCUGCUGAUAGGUCAUUGAUGUACCAAAAAUAUGACAGAAAAGUCGCAGAAGAACCAAAGCUUACUCGCACAUCUGCAAAAACUGAAAGCCAAGAAAAGACAAAUUCAGGCAAACCGAAGAUACGAAUCAAACUUCCACCAUUUGUGGCAUAUGGAAGCGGUUGCUCUGGUCGAGAAAUGGGAGAUUUGAAGACACAUAACGUAAAUGCAACAAGCCAGCCAUCCAAGAAUGUUAUUCAACCAGCUCUUCUUAAUGGUGUAAUAAGAGCAGAUAGAUUGAAGCCAACAGAAACAGCUAACCGAGCCAGAUCACCAUCCCCAUUAACUGACAUGGAAAGGAGCCACCAUUCAGACACUGGUACAUGGCUUUCAAAAGAAACAGCUCCUGAUUGGAAAACAGAAUAUAGCAGUAACUUUUGUUCUUAGGGUCCAUUGAAAAUCUCUGUCCAUUUUGUUAUCUUCACUCUCUGUAUAUUAGGAGUCAACUGUGUUUUUUUUUUCUUUUUCAUCUCUUCUAUAUUGAAUGGUUUUUCUUUCUAUUUGGGUUUCUUGUAUUUGUUUUUUUUUCAAUCAAAUUCCUUUUCUUUGCUCCCCACUUUUAAAAAAGUUUCCUUGAGACUAUCUUACAAAAACUUUGGUUGUUCCACAUGUAAAUCGUCAAUCUAAAUUCACAACCAUUCAUAUUCACAUUCACUGAUUCAAAAAAUUGUUUAAUUUAAUUUUUAUUUUUUGAUUUCAAAAGAGUAACAAAACAACACAAAUUCUAUUAUAAAUGAUAGAAUUUUAUUCCUUCAUUUUUAAUUGAAUAUACAUUUUCUGCAUUUUAUGUUAUUUAUUUAAAACUUUUUUAAAUUAGAUUCUCAACUCUCAUCAAAAUGAUGUUUCGCAUAAAAUAAACUCUUUUAUCACAGAAAAGAGCUAAACAAAACUGAUCUUAAAAAGAAGAUAAAAAUAACAAAACAAAAUAAAACAAAGAAUGUCUGUUGUCAGUAAAAUUACCACUUUGGUGGCGCAAUACAUUGUUUUUUUUUUAUUAUCUGUGGCUCAGUGUCACAUCAAAUUGUGAGCGCAGCAGUCUCUAGUGUGACAGGCGGAGCAUUUGUGAACCCAAGUAAAAUAUGCUGAAGUCAAGAGGCGACUGUUUGAUAUCUGCUGAUAGCUGAGUUGCUGGUUAUUUCCUCUGAAGUUUUUUCUCUAACACUAGACAUCAAAUGUCUUAUACUCUCAUAUAGAUAUAGAUGAAAUGAAUAAAGAUAUUGUGGUAUCAUGAUGAAAGGAACAUGUUGCAAAGAAUUAUCCAAACACUUUAGGAUGUCUGUAAUUAUUUGAAAAGGUGCCAUGCUCAGUCAAACUUCUCUUCCCAUCCUGAAUCAGUAUUUUAUCAGUUCUAUACAUUUCAGUUGAACAGUUUUUGAUGACUGGAGUGAAAUUCAAGACAUGAUCAUUAGCAGAGGUUCAAGGUCUAUGGCUAUCACCUUGCAUUAAAACUGUUAACGUUACAAAAAGAGUGGAGACUCAUUUAAGUAAAAGCCAAUUUUGUCGCUUUCUUUCCAGUUAAUAAUCAUAAUAGUGAUAAGGAUAAUAAUAAUAAUGACCAUAGUGAUAAUGACAAUAAUGUAGAUAAUAAUGAUAGUAAUGAUAAUAAUUAUGAUAAUGAAUCCUUCCUAAUUUUGGCUCAAAGCCAGCAAUUUUGUGGGUAAAGGGUUAGGUAAUAACAUCAACCUUGGUAUUGGAACUUGACUAAAUCAAUCCCAAAAGGAUGAAUAAUAAAAUAAUAAUAAUAAUAAUAAUAAUAAUAAUAAUAAUAAUAAUAGGAUGUCUAAAGGAGUCUAAGACUUUUGAGAACAAGGAAGCCAGUGUUUCAUAGUUUUAAGUGGCUGACCAAUAUAUCACACCCCUGUUUCUAAUUCAGAGGAUAUCAAUCUAAUGUAGAUAAUAUUUUCAGAAGACUUCAUACGUCUUCUGUAACAGAUAAGUAAAAUAUAAUGAUGAUGAUGAUAAUGAAUUCAUUGAAUACAGUACUCAGGUGCUCUACAACUCAUCAGGAAGGGUUAAAAGAGGAGACAGAUAGUGAAUUUAUAAGUCAAGUAAAGAAACACCACAAAAGUUAGAAAUGCAUUCACAGUUCACAGAAUAAAACAAAGAGAUAGAACAGUGAGCACACAUAGAAUCAAGCAUUUUUCUACAAAGCAUUAUGAAAUGCCAUAAGCAGAUAUGAACUCAUAGCCUGCCAGUUGGUAGUUUAAUAUCUAAUUCACUUGGCUGUUUUCUUUUAUGCAAAAUUAUAAAAAAU